GUGUGCUGUGCGUGUGUGCUGUGUGUGUGUGUACAUGUACCUUGUUGUCCUGGACUGUGACUGGACAGAAUGAAGGAUGUUGUCAAUGUCAAACAGACGUCCUCCUCGGGGGGGGACAGUAAUACAGCAGCUCCUCCCCCUGUGUGCUCAGAUCUGAUGUUCCAACGCUUCUAAUUUUAUUUCUACAAUAUUUCUGAAAUCUUUUUGGACUUUUGAUAUAAAUACAGUUAUAGAUAAAGAUUUAAUAUAUAAACAUGUAAAUAAGACUGUAAGGAGAUCAGAUCCCCCUCCGGCUCAGGAAUGGUUUGUUCCACUGUGACGUGAUCAGCUUUCUGAUCCAGUGAAGGCUUUUUCACUGAUAAACGAGUAAAUGUGUGUAAUGUCAGUGUAUAAAGCUGUGUGUGUGUGUGUGUGUGUGUGUGUGUGUGUGUGUGUGUGUGUGUGUGUGUGUGUGUGUGUGUGUGUGUGGUAAUAGAUUAUAGAAUAUUUGAAUGAGAAAUCAUUAGUAAAUAAUGAGGAGUUUAUUUAAACACCACUGAGCAUCUCUUUAUCUCCCCUUUAUCUCUUUGGUAUCUCUCCAUCAUCUCUCGGUUAUCUCUCUGUUAUCUCUCCCUUGUUCUGUUUCUGUCGUGUCUCUGUGUCCCUCUGUCUUCUGUUCGUCGUCUCUCUGUCUGCACAUCUUGGUGUCUUCAUCAUGUCUGACAUUCCUCAGUGUGAGUGAUGGAGUCUCUCCUGAGGGAACAGUUUGGGUUUAAAGGAGGAAGUGACUCUCUGAGAGAGGAGGUCUGUGGGAUGAUCAGAUGGCCUUCGUCGUCUCUGUCUGUGGACAUUAAUGAGUUUGCGGCUGCGUAUCACGAGAUCAGACUGCGUCUGGCCGGCCUGGAGCGAGAGAACAGCAGCAUCAGGAGGAAGCUGAAGAACUAUGAGAUGAAGUUCCCUGUGAUCAGUGUGUGUGAGAGCGAGAGGAGUGUGUGUUGCUCCUGUGAGUCCGAGACUGUCCAACUGAUCCAGACUGAAAACAGCAACCUUCAGCAGAGGAUCAACAGCCUUGUGCAGGAGCUCCAGAGCAGUGAGGCUCAUGAGCAGCGUCUGGAGAAAGUGAUUAAAGCGUACGAGAAAAUUCAUCUGGAGAAGAGCAGCAUACAGAAGGAGCUGGAUACUAUGACGACUCUGGCUGAGCAGCAUGUAGAGAGGAUCAGGAAGCUGGAGGCGGCACUCGGGCAGAGAGAGAACCUCCUGCAAAAGAAGAAAGCAAGAGAAAGUUCACAUCAGCGUAAUAAAGAAACUCAUUACCUGCAUCUAUACACCAGUCUGGACACACCCUGCGCUUUGGACCGUCUCGGGAUGAGCCUGCAGAGCUCACGUAGUCUGGACACACUUACUGACCUGAGGGUCCAGCGCUUGGAGGCGGAGCUAGAGGGGGUGUGGCAUGAGGCGAGAGGGGCAUGUCAAAGGGAGGCGGAGCUUAAGGCACAGCUGCAACAUCUACAGGAAGAGAUCAGACAGGAAAAAGAACGACAGGAGCUGGAUGUGGAGUGUGAACACUGCAGUGUGGAGUGGAUUAAGAAGGCAGGAGAUGAACAGGUGGACCUGGCUCUGGCCUACACAGAGCUGGUGGAGGAACUGAGCCGAAUCCGCAGCCUGAUUGCUGAACAGAAGCGAAUCCUGAGACAGAAGCGCAGCUCUCCGGAUCAGAACAGUCCCGUAUUGAGGCAUGGCCCCGCCUCCACUCCCUCUGACUCCGCCCAUCCACGCCCUCACCUGAUGAGGUCGCAUUUCCAGGGUCGCCGUAGUUACUCGGACAUGGCUGACCCGUCCGUCUCGACUCACGUCGUCCACAAUCCUGUCUCCACUCUCCCAAAGCGUAGAACAACAAGCCACGCCUAUCUCAUGCCAAAAUCCACUGGGCCACGCCCAUCCUCCGCCCAUGGAGCCCUGGAGCUCAGCUUCCUACUGCCUGACUCCACGCCUGCUCCACUGGCCACACCCCCUCAGUCCUCCGAAGAUGAAGAUGAUGAGUGGGCGGGGCUCAGGAUAAUGACGCCCCCUCACUCACACCCCCGCAACGAGCACGCUCAGUCCUGGCCGUCAAUCAGAUUGUGGAUGGAUGAGGAGGAGAGCGACACUCGGAGUUGUCCUCUCUGUCAGCUCUCCUUCCCCACAGGCUUCCCUGAUGACGCUCUGAUCACACACAUCGACACACACCUGGAAAACAGCAAAAUAUAACACACACACACACACACACACACAUACACACACAGAAACACAAAUACAUAAAACAAACAGAGAUGCACACAAAUACAUACAAUCACACACACAAAUAUACACAUAUGCACAUACACACACACAGAAACACAAAUACAUAAAACACACACAGAGAAACAGGCACACAAAUAUACACACACAAAUACGCACACACACAAACACAAAUACGCACAUACACACAAAUAUAUACACACACAAACACACACAGUAUGAAUGGAAAACAGCAAAAUAUAACACACACAAAUACAUGAAACACACACAGAGAAACACAAAUAUAAACACACAAAUACACAUACACACACAGAAACACACAAAUACACACAUACACACACAAACACACACAUACAUAAAACACACACAGAGAUACACACACACACACACACAAAUAGACACACAAAUAUACACACACACAUACACACACACAGAAACACAAAUACAUAAAACACACACAGAGAAACACAAAUAUACACACACAAAUACGCAAAUACACACACAGACACACAAAUAUACACACACACACACAAAUACGCACAUACACACAAAUAUAUACACACAAAUACACACACAAACACAAAUAUGCACACACACACAGUAUAUAAUUCCCUGCUUAUCCACUGUAACACUGUGAUCUUCACAUUCUGUCUGAUUAACCAACCAAAUGAUUUUUAUGAGACAGAUAUUCUACAGUGUGGCUGUAAUUCCUCAGACGUCUUUAUUUAUGUUUAAUUUCAUGUUUAACCUCGACAUAGUGAAGAAUUUAAUAUUAGAGAACCUUUAUUUUUUAUCUCAAACUUACAGUCCAGUACGUCGCACACACCAGAGUUUAUUCUUCAUCACGUUUUAGUGCAGUGUUGUGAACACAACUGUGAUUGUUAUAUCAACAAGCAACAAAUCUCAGGCUUUAGUUUUUGUUUUCUGACACAGAAAUGAGUCCCUCCCCCUUUUAAAGCAGAGCCAAUAAACUCCACCCACUUCCUCUUACAGGAAACUGAACAGGGAUGAAUAACAUCAACUGAAGGGCUUUUCAUUGCAUUUCCCUUGUCAGCCAGUAGAGGGCUACAAACCUGACACACUGCUGCUAUGAGCGAUGAGGAUCAGGAUCGUUGUGUGUGUGUUAAAACCCAGAGCUCAGCAGCAUGACUGCUGUAGGAGGUCUAAGUCUAAGCUUCAGUCUGAUGUCUUUGUGACUGUAUGACGGUUUAUAUAUUGAAUCCAUUAACACUUCCAGCCUCAUGAACACACACACACACACACCCCUGAAGCUCGUCAUUCUGACAGACCCGUUCUUAACACUUCUUCUGGUGUGUUGAUGACUCUGAUGUCUCAGCUCGCUCGAUGUACCGACAUUAAAACCAUCAUGAGUGAACACAAUGAGGAGAAAAUCCAAGGCAGCUAACACCAGCUGGGUCUGAGGAUAACUUAUUGACUGUAUGAUCUCAUGAACACUUGGCCAGUUUUUCCACUUAGUCCAAUUACAGUGAGGAAACAAGCAGAGAAUUAAUGAGCUGUUACAUUAGUUACUUAUACAGUCAUCGGUCAUGACUCAGAACUCUAACAUUUUUUACUCACAACAAUAAAAUCAUUAUAGCUGUGAAAA